AUGGAGAGCACCUCCUCCUCCUCCGACCGGCCGCGCGAGCCGGUUCGAGCCUUCUCCAGGGUGCCCUCGACCCUCGCUCUGCUGGGAAAUACCUGGCACGCGCCUGAAAGAUCGCCGGCCGUUCCCGGGCUGGGCCGCCGGUCCUUCUCGCUGAUCGAGAUGCACAUGCGCCAGGGCUCCGCGCCGCGCCUGCGGGAGUUUACGCCGGCGCCAGUUUUCCACAAACACGACUCGGUCCUCGGCGCGCACGCGGUGGUGCGAGACCUCGAGGCGAUGGGAGGCCUCAUCUCCUCGUCGCACUCGCUGUCGAGGCUGCCGUCGGCGCCUCCCCGCUCGUCGUCAUCUGAACCGCCGCCGCAGCCUCGCGAAGCCGCGGCCGUCGAGGGUCCCAAGCAGGAGGCGCCACCGGCGGAGGCGUUUUGCACGCGGCCGCACGCCAUCGGCGCCGCGUCGGGUCUCCUCCUGUUUGGCUGGCUGCAGUUUGUCGAGCUCUCUGCCGAGCAGCCGCUCGCCAACGAGAUGCUCGCCGUUGUCGCCCUCGUCGCCGUCUUUUGGAUGUUUGAGGUCCUCCCGCUGCCCGUCACGUCGCUGCUGCCGAUGCUCCUCAUCCCUGCGUUUGGGAUCCUGGACCACAGCCUGGUCGCGUCCGCCUACUGGGGCCCGGUGCAGAUGAUGUUUGUGGGCGCCUUCAUCGUCGACGUCGGCAUCGAGCACCCCUCGCUGCACGGUGAGGUUGGGUUCGCCAAUUGGUUCCUGUUUGCGGCGCCGAUCGCGUGUUGCACUCUCCUCAUCGCGCUGGCCGUGCUGCACUUUGGCGUCGUCGCCGCGGGCGCGCUGGCCUUGCAGGUCUUCCUGUGGGUCUCGCGGCCGUACUUGCUCGAGCCCGUCUUUGGCCCCGGCUUCGGAGAUUCGGCGACAGCUUGCGGCGCGGCGGUCCUCCUCUUCGUCGUCCCCUCGUCGGAGCGGCCCGGCGAGAGCGUGCUCACCUGGAGCGUCGCGCAGCAACACCUCCCGUGGGGCAUCCUCCUCCUCCUCGGCGCCGGCUCUGCCAUCGCCUCGCCGAGAUCACCCGAGAGCGCCGGCUUUGCCAUCGCCGCGGGGUGCGAGGCGUCGGGCCUCACCACCGCUCUCGGAGGCUCGCUCGCCGAGGCGCUGUCGGGCCUCACGGAUUUGCCGCUCGUCAUCACGAUCGUCGCCGCCGUCUCGCUCCUCACACAGCUCACCUCAAACACCGCCACCGCAAACACGCUCCUCCCGCUGCUCAACGCCGUCGCAAAGGCCAAGCUCACCAACCCGCUGCUGCUGCUGCUGCCCACCACCAUCGCGUGCAGCUUCGCCUUUGUGCUCCCAGCCGCCACGGCGCCAAACUCGGUCAUCUUUGCGACCGAGCGCCUCGACAUCGCCGACUUUGUCGUCAACGGCGGGAUCACCACGGGCCUCUCCAUCGCCAUAUGCAGCCCGCUGGUCUACCUCAUGGCCGACACGGUCUUCGACGUGCGAGCGCCGUACCCGCGCUGGGCCUGUGACGACCCGGAGAGCUGCGCUUGGGUCGCCGUCGCCGGCGAGGUGGAUGGCUCGUCUGUGGAGGAGCAGGCGUGCGCCGUCGUCAGCGAUGAGAGCUGCCGGCUGCGCAACGGCACGCUCGUAGACCUCGCCGCCACACUGGCCGAGACCGCAGAGCCGCCCUGA